GCCGAGAUUAGCCAGGAAGGAAGGGAGGCUGGGGAGCUGCGAGUCACCAGAGAGAGAGAGAGGUGGUGACAGGCACACAGACGCAAUGCCACUGCAGGAGGAGACCCUUCGGGAAGUGUGGGCCUCAGACAGUGGCCAUGAAGAGGACUGGCUGAGCCCCGAGCCCCCGCUGCGCCCCAAACAGCGACCCGCCCAGGGACAGAAGUUGAGAAAAAAGAAACCCGAGACCCCCGACUCCCCGGAAUCCAAACCCCGUAAAGCAGGGGCUGGACGCAGGAAGCAGGAGGAGCUGCCCGCAGACCCGGCGGAGCCGCGCGCUGCGCAGACAGUCUACGCCAAGUUCCUGAGGGACCCCGAAGCCAAGAAGCGGGACCCCCGGGAAAACUUCCUAGUUGCCCGCGCCCCAGACCUGGGAGGCGAGGAGAAUUCGGAAGAGGAUUCGGAUGAUGAUGACAAUGACGACGAUGAUGAUAAUGAAGAGGAGAAGAAAGAGGGGGGAAAAGAGAAAAGCUCUCUGCCCCCCAAGAAAGCACCCAAGGAGAGAGAGAAGAAAGCCAAGGCUCUGGGCCCAAGGGGGGAUGUAGGAAGCCCGGAUGCCCCUCGGAAACCGCUCCGAACCAAGAAGAAGGAGGUAGGGGAGGGAACCAAACUGAGAAAGGCAAAGAAGAAAGGGCCUGGGGAGACUGACAAGGACCCCGCGGGGAGCCCAGCAGCCGUGAGGAAGAAGAUCCCAGCAGCCAUGUUCCUGGUUGGGGAAGGUGGCACGGCUGAGAAGGGUGUGAAGAAGAAAGGGCCUCCUAAAGGCUCAGAGGAAGAGAAGAAGGAGGAAGAGGAGGAAGAGGAAGAGGAGGAUGCAUCCGCAGUGAUGAAGAACAGCAACCAGAAGGGCAGAGCUAAAGGGAAAGGCAAAAAGAAAGUGAAGGAGGAGAGAGCCUGUUCUCCCCCUGUGGAAGUGGGUGAACCCCGGGAGUUUGUGCUGCACCCAGCACCCCAGGGCCGGGCAGUCCGCUGCCGGCUGACACGGGACAAGAAGGGCAUGGAUCGCGGCAUGUACCCGUCCUACUUCCUGCACCUGGACACUGAGAAGAAGGUGUUCCUCCUGGCCGGCAGGAAACGCAAGCGGAGUAAGACAGCCAACUAUCUCAUCUCCAGUGACCCCACCAACCUGUCCCGGGGAGGCGAGAAUUUCAUCGGGAAGCUGAGGUCUAACCUCCUGGGGAACCGCUUCACCGUCUUUGACAACGGGCAGAACCCACAGCGAGGGGGAGGUGGUGACGUGGGAAGCCUGCGCCAGGAGCUGGCCGCUGUGGUCUAUGAAACCAAUGUUUUAGGCUUCCGAGGACCCCGCCGUAUGACUGUCAUCAUUCCUGGAAUGAACUCGGACAACGAGAGGGUCCCUAUCCGGCCCCGAAACGCCAGCGAUGGGCUGCUAGUGCGCUGGCAGAACAAGACCCUGGAGAGUCUCAUUGAGCUCCAUAACAAGCCACCCAUCUGGAACGAAGACAGUGGCUCCUACACCCUCAACUUCCAGGGCCGGGUCACCCAGGCCUCCGUCAAGAACUUUCAGAUUGUGCAUGCUGAUGACCCCGACUAUAUAGUGCUGCAGUUCGGCCGUGUGGCCGAGGACGCCUUCACCCUAGACUACCGGUACCCGCUGUGCGCUCUGCAGGCCUUCGCCAUCGCCCUCUCCAGCUUCGACGGGAAGCUGGCCUGCGAGUGACCCCACAGCUCCUCAGCGCUGGGAAAGCAUUCGGUUGGGGGUGGCAGGGUCCCUCCCCCACAGCUCCCAUGGAAGGGCUCACCCCUCUUCGUGACCUCCGGGCAUUCCCCCCACCCCCAGCCUGGCACCGACCGAGGCGGAGGGGAUGGAGAUGAACAUCUGGUCGCCCAAAAGUACUUGCCUCGCCCCCUCCUCCCCAGUCACUUCCUGUCAGAGAGCCCGAGUCAGAUGUUCGAUGCCCCUCCGGGCCCGCACUGGGGGGUGUGGGAAGGAGGGGACGACGGUGAAGCAGAGUCAGGGACCCACAUCCCCAAUAAAGUCACGUCCCGUGCUGAAC